AGCUGCCCUACUACUGCAGAGUGAAAACUUAUUUCGUUUCACAGAUUAAUGUAAAAACAAAAAGGAGGAAAGAGGAGAAAAGGUCAUCUGGCUUUCGCAUUAAUCUUGCGUUCGACCUUCAUCAUCUUGCGUUCGACCUUUCCCAUACUUUGUGGCAUUAUUUUUAACUUCUGCAUCCCCCCCAACUUGUUGUUGCCUUCUCCUGUACAGACUUAUCCAAAGUUAUAAGUGGAUAUAAAGGGAUUGCUCCAUUAUCGAUACUUUGUGAAUAAUUAUGGCUCAAGGAAGUUACGUUUUGAGAAAUGUUUCAGGUCAAAGCACUGAAGAGUGUGUUCCUAACUACCUGGGGAUUGACUAUAGUUAUCAGUUGGACGUGGACUACCCUAAGAGUGUGGACAAUUUCCAAAACGGCGCCACCAUUAAGCGGUUAAGCCUUAAAAGGAGGCCCAGAGUGGCUGUCAAUAAUGUGGAAAAAACGCAGAGUGACAUUUCACCCAGCGAGUGGCAUUCUGCAGAAUCUUUGUCAUCAUCUAGCAGUGAUGAUACAAGACUACUGGGCAUGUCUUCUACCACAAAAGGUCGACCUCCUCUUCCUCCACCACAUGGUUCCUCGUUGGAUAACAAACCCUCCAGGAAUGAACGAGCAGCAACUUCUCAGAUACUUAAUGAGCCAAAGCCUCAGCCUGCUGCAAGAUCUCUUGCAUUACAAAGACAAAGCCCUGUGAUGGAAAAGACCUUAAUGGGGACCCUCAAACACUUGGAACAGGAGGUGACGAGCCAGCCUCCACCUCAGCCCUCUCCCCGUCGUCGGCUGGCCAGCUUUGGAGGGGUAAGUUCCCAUGGGUCGCUUUCCCCCUUUACUGGCCUGGGCGCGUAUAAUCAGAACAACAAUGGGAACAAGCCUACUGGCACAGGCGGUGAUAUACAUGUCCACCUUAGCUCGUCCCUGGGCAGUAGAGGCAGCACAGGAUGUCUUAGGCUGAGCCCACAGAGCUCUGGGAGAACCACCCCAGUUACAGGACUCGGCCCCAUGCACCUGCAGCAUGUCCGUGACCAGAUGGUGGUAGCUCUGCAGAGGCUGAAGGAGCUGGAGGAGCAGGUGACAAUCAUCCCUAUCCUUCAGGUAAAAAUCUCAGUCCUUCAGGAGGAAAAGAGGCAACUGGUCUCUCAACUCAAGAACCAUAGUGACAACGAGGACAUAAAUUGUGUGAUCUGGCAGAGAGCAUAUAGCAUGGAAAAGUCUGACAUUGAGAAUAAGGUGAUUAACAAGGAAGGACCUGAAGGCAUAGUCAGAAGUGACUGCACCAACUUCAGGGAGUUCAGGGAAUUGACUGAAGAGAUGCAGGCAUUGGAAAAAACCAUCAAGGGCGGACAUUUGCAAGCACGGCAUGACAAAACUCAUAGCCUUCUGCAUGACAAGGCUAUCAAGUCAGUCACAGUGGGAACUGAUAACGAUAUCACCUUGUCUAAACCCACUAAAGAAAACAAAUAUGUGAACACUGAUCAGGUAAAGACGAGGUCCAUUGCAUCAGAAGUGUCUGAAGUUAAUCUUGGAAUUUACACAGAACGGGAAGCAGAGAUUGAUGCCCAACAACUAAUAAUUGGUGCCUUAAAGGAGAGAAUUUGUCACUUAGAAGCAGAGUUAAAAGAAUCCGCUCUCAAGACAGAGAUGAGUCGUCUGAAACUAGAGCUUCAGGCUGCAGGGGCUAGGAACCGAGUUGAUAAAGCCUCCUUUGCUAAACCAUCCACUGUGAGCACAGGCAUCGAGGCAAGGCCUCACACCACAAGCCAGGCAGUGGGUAAUCACACAGAGCUCCGAGAUGCCAGCACCGGGGAGGCAAUAGAGGUGAAGUCUGUGGGAGUGUCGUGUUGGAGGCCUGAGCUGAAGAAUGUUUGCGCAGGACCAGAUGUACCCAUGAGCCACUGGGAGGUCAGGGAGCGAGUGGCGACCAUGGAAAAGGGUGUGGGGAUCCAAGUUCUUACGAACACACAAGGAGUUGGGAGGGAGAUAAAGUUAUGUGAUGCAGAAACCAACACAGAGGUACCAGUGGAGAAUCUGGGGUCUAAGAAAAGAAAGAUGAAGUAUAAUUCAGUGGGUUGUGGGGACUGUUCUGUUGAUGUGAUCGUCUGCGAAGCAAAGGAAGUGGUUUCUCAAGGUAUUGCCACUGAUCAAGUCAGAGGUGUUGAUCUGGGAAUCAUGGCAACACCCCACACAGCUUCCCAGCGUACCAACACUGUAUCCAGCUCAGUGUCACGCUUUACCAACACCAGACAUGCCUUCAACACAGACUCCAGCACUAAUACUGUCCUAAGUACCCAAGACAAGCACACCAACACCACUCAGACUGUUACCAGGACAGUGUCAGUAGGCAACAGGGUCGAAGACAUCAAAUGCCCACCGAAGACCUGCACGGUUGGUGUAGGAACUGUAAAUUUGCCAGGAAGUGCCUUAAAACAAACAACAGGGACAGUCGCCAAGGUAACCCGAGACGCUGGUGUUGGAUUAACGAAUAUUAAUGACAAUUUUCUGGUUGGACUGAAAUCCCGAAAUAUGGCAUGUGGACCAUCCCAUCUGCCUGACCCCAUCAAGACAAGGAGCAUUGGUGUAGGGGAGGGGAAGAUACGGGAUUUGUCAGUUUCAUCGAGUACACCUGGCCAGAUAAUCCAGCAAUCUUCACAGUCCCAGUGGGACCCAGAGCUGAACCAUUACAUAGAGAAGAUGCACUGGUUGCUCAGGGAGCACGGGGACCUGCUCACAGAGGACCACGCUCAGCAGAGGGAUGGGUUUGUCCAGCAGCACAGUGAACGAGGACGUGCCAGCUCAAAGCUGUCCUGUAAUAACAAAGCUGCAGCGCAAGGAGAACUAGAAGUCCAUCCUUUAGAUUCUCAGCCACCAGUCAGCAGAGAGUUUCAGUCCCCAUCUCAACUCUCAGUUGACUCUAAUAAGUGUGACAAAACAAACCCAGGAAUCUGCCAACAGGGUGGCAGUGAUUCAGAGGUGAAAAGAAUGAUACAGAUGUUGGAACAUCAGGCAUCAUCAGCUCUGCAAGAGGCACGUGCUGCAUUGUUGUUUCCAGAUAGGUCAACAAAUGCCGGUGUCCUGCGAUCUGUAAUGAAGAAACAAAAUGGCGACCAAGGCUGUAGCAGCAACAGGAAGAGCAUGAAGUUAAUGAGGGUGACCACAGGACUGGACCCCAUGUCAUCUUACGAGCCCUUUGCCAGUGAGAAGGCUAACUCUGAGGAAGUGGAAAGGAGAGGAAACAAAAAAUCAAGGGAAGCUUCGCAAGAUGGAACGCAAGGAAGAAAGGGCAAAGGUGGCUCCAACAAGGUGUCCAAAGGGUCUGCAAAAUCACAAACACAGAGGUGUAAGAUAAGUGAAACAAUGUUUUCUGCUUGUCAAGCCUUGAAGUUACACCUGAGUGAAGACACAGCUUUAUCCAGAAGCGAAUUGCAUAACUGUCUACAAACAAUCCAGCAAGAGUGGUCGUCUGUGUCCAGCCACAAGUCAGCUUCUGCUGACACUAUAGGGAAUUACUUGUCUACAUUUCGGGUCAUUUCACCUUCAGUAUUGCAACAUAUAGCAAAUAUGGCUGACAGCAAUGGAAACACAGCUCUGCACUACAGUGUGUCUCACUCCAACUUUGGCAUUGUCAAGAAGUUGCUUGAUGCAGAGGUGUGUAACGUUGAUCAACAGAACAAAGCCGGUUACACGCCCAUCAUGCUGGCUGCACUCGCAGCCGUGGAAAGUCCAGAGGACAUGAGAGUUGUGGAGCAGCUCUUCACAAAAGGAAAAGUCAAUGCAAAGGCAAGCCAGGCCGGUCAGACGGCUCUGAUGCUGGCUGUGAGCCAUGGCAGGAUGGACAUGGUGCAGGCACUCCUGGCACAGGGGGCCGAGGUCAAUCUCCAGGACGACGAGGGCUCCACGGCACUGAUGUGUUCGAGCGAGCAUGGCCACGCCGACAUUGUUAGGCUAUUGCUGGCACAGCCAGACUGUGAUGCCACCCUGACUGAUAGUGAUGAAAGCACAGCCCUGUCCAUUGCUCUGGAGGCAGGACAUAAUGACAUUGCAGUGCUCCUUUAUGCACAUGCCAACUUCUCCAAAGGACAGACAGGGGCAGCUGCUCGUCACAGUGGCAAGUCUCUUUCCUCCUCUGGUGGCAGAAAUAUCUUUGAAUGAGGGGAUGCCCCAAAGCCUGAAUGGAUUCUUCUUGAAUCUUAUUUAUCAGGUGAUUUAGUAUCGAGGGCCCCCAUAAUGAUUUUAACAGUCAGGCAAUUGACAGAAUGCUAGUUAGUAUGUAUCUAGUAUCUAGUGUAGCAUUUGCAAAACAUUGCGUAGUGUGUAUUAUAUUGUAACUCAGCAGGUAAUAUAUGCAUGGCAGAGUAUGUUAUUAUUCUAUGUCUAUAAGAGAUUAUUGUCGUAUUCUGCAGUCAUUUAUUACAUACUAUCAGUUCAAAGUUUCUUUAAUUGUUUUAAUUCUCUUUUUUGUAAAUACUAUUUAAUUGCUGAACAAUACACAGCACAGUAGCAUCAAACUCAUAAAGAUGUGUGAGUAAUUAUGUAAAUACAUUUAAAAAAAAAAAUAGAUAAUAAAUAGCUACACAUAGUCUUGAUUUGUCAAUUAUUCUGAAAAAAAACUUAAAAUCUUAAAACUAGGUAAACUUUGUACAUCCAUAUUUUUAUUGUAAUGUAAACAAGAUUGUUUUUGUAUUUAUCAGUUGAUGCUUUUGCUGUAUAUGUACUGCUUCACUAGAAUAAUCCAAAACAAGCUCCUUAAUUGUUAAUAUACCGUAUAUUCAGUGGUGUAGUCUACGUGAUACACAGUAUACCCACUAAGAAAGCUCAAUGAUUUCCAUAUA